AUGCCUACGCCUUUGUGGUUCUUCAGAUUCCCACCGCCAUUGUUGCUUGUUCUUGCUCCAUUCCUUGUAUUGGUUGGAUUAAUGGAGUUUGGAUUCCUCUCCAUCUUCCUAACAACUAUGGUGCUGAUUUUCUCGACUGUUGUUUUCACAUAUUCCAAGCAAAAACCACUUCAUCGGGUUGAGAAUAAGUUAGCUGAAGAAAAAAUGUUCAUUCCUUGCUUGGAAGAAGUAUCAAAACAUCAAAGUGCUUCCCCACAAGAGAAGGAUGCUCAAGAAGCACCACUGAGCUCACCAGAUUUGAUAUCAGAAAGUGAAUGCGUUGAUCACCUAUCAACCAGUGAUGAUUCUGAAUUAGUAGACUGGUCGUUUGGAGAAAAUGUGGCUCGGAGCCCCGAUUUCUCAGACGGCUCAAUUUCCGACGAGGAUAGCCUCAUCGAAAUAGCCCUCCCGGGCGGAUACUAUGUCGAUCACCAGGAGCAUGACUCAGUGUUUAACCUGCAGCAGAAAAUGCCAGGUUUGUCACACCAGUCCAUUUUUAAGCAGCAUACUCUAUUGGAGCUCUUGGCUGAGAUCAAUGAGAUGAAUGAGGAAGAAAAUUUGUUCGAAAUCGACUUAUCCAUGGGAUCCAUCAAGUGUUCAAGUAGGCUGCUUCUGCUUUUUGACAAGCUUUGGAUUCCCAUCAAAGCACUUGUACUAUGGCCCUUUUCUUUUCUCCUAAUGCACACUAUUAAAAGUUUAAUUGAAGGUUAAAAACAUUUUAUUUUGCUGGAA